GUCAAAUUGACCUGUCAUGCCAAAUAUUUGUAUCAUGGCCGACUUCUGGCCAAGUCACCUUUUUUGCGAAUAGAAAGUUUGUAUAUUAUAUAUAAUUUUUAACUGUAGUACAAUUGUUUAAAUCUACUUCCAACAAGAUGGAAAAUUUAUUUUCGGGAAUGUGGAAAGUUCGCGAGUUAGCCGAUAAAGUUACUAAUGUAGUUAUGAAUUAUACUGAAGUUGAAGCUAAAGUUCGUGAGGCUACAAAUGAAGAACCUUGGGGACCCACUGGACAAAUAAUGCAAGAAUUAGCUCAUUCCACAUUCACGUACGAACAUUUUCCAGAAGUAAUGUCAAUGCUUUGGAAAAGAAUGCUUCAAGAUAACAAACAACAUUGGAGGAGAACUUAUAAAUCAUUACUUGUUUUGAAUUAUUUGAUCAAGAAUGGAUCAGAGCGUGUGGUUACAUCAGCUAGAGAACAUAUAUAUGAUUUGAGAUCUUUGGAAAACUAUACGUACAUUGAUGAUGUUGGGAAAGAUCAAGGUGUUAAUAUUAGACAUAAAGUAAAAGAGCUUAUUGAUUUCGUUCAAGAUGAUGAUCGUUUGAGGGAAGAAAGGAAAAAGGCGAAAAAGAAUAAAGACAAAUUCAUUGGUAUGAGCUCUGAUACGUUCGGAUCAAGAUUUGGUGGUACAGGACAUGACACUUGGGACGAUCGACCCUACUCGAAAGAAUACGACGAAUGGGAUGACACCUCAAACUCUACAAAUCGUUAUAGAGAUAAAUCCUUCGAAGAAGAUAAUGAUUUGGAAAAAGAUGAUAGUGAUCCCGAAACUAGAAAUAAUAGUUACAAUAAUAAUUUUAAAAAAUUCGAAGAUACAGAACAACCACAAAGUCCCGUGCAUAUGGAUAAACGCGUUAAUAUCAAUAUAAAUACAUCAUUGAACAGUUCACCUAAAAAACCGAAUAAACCUUUGAAAAAAGUCGAUUUGGGUGCUGCGGCCAAUUUUGGAAGAGAUGCCAGUCAAAGUCCUGUACCAUCUACGGGUAGUAAUUUGCUAAAUGAUGAUUUCAACCCUAGAGCAGUAGAAUCAUCUAUUGAUGUCAAGGCCCCAACUGAAUUCGGAGAUUUCGAGACUGCAUUCGGAGAUACCUCUAAUAUGACUCAACAAAAAGAAACCAAUUUCGCCGAUUUUAAUUCAGCUUUUUCCCAAUCCCAAAACAAUACAUCACAAUACUCAAAUCUAUUAGGUUCUACACCGAAUGUGGUUCCUAACGUUAUUCCUCCAACUAAUUUUCUAAUUACCAACCCUACACAGGAUAAUUUAUUAGGAGGAUCUACUACCAAUAUUGGAGGCGCUGUUUUAGGUGGUAGUUUCCCCCAGAAGAGCAAUAGUGACUUAUUAGGUGAUAUUGACUUUGGAUCUUUGAGUUUGCAGCCUCAAUCACAAAAUAAUGAUAAUUUUGGAUUUCUUGGAAACUCCAAUAAUGAUUUGAUAAGUGGAGAUACCAAGAAAUACCCGGUUUCUCAAAAAAGUACAAUGAAGAAACGAAUAGAGAAGGAUCUUGUUAAAUUACUUACCAAUUUUGUUAUUCGAGUUGAACGAAUUGAGAAAAUCAAAUCACAGGAUGAAGUGGAAGAUAUUUUACAGGAAAUCGAAAGGAUAGUUUUCUUAUUACCAGGACCUUUAACGGUGCAAAAACUGAUAGGAAUUGAUGAUGAUUCUUAUAGUGAAAUCGUCGAAGGUCCUUAUGUGUUUUUUUUGGAAACUUUAAUUACUUAUUUCGACGAAAAUUUCCCUUUUAGGGAUAAUUAUAUAUAUGAAACUAUUGAGAAGUUGUUAUGUGUAGAAAAUUAUUUUUUUUUUAAUUUAAAUCUGAGCGUUUUUGUUAAAUUUUUAGUUUCGGAUAAAAAAGAAAUUAUAGUGAAAUUAUUGGAGAUAGUUUUAAAUUCUGAAGGGGUUUUUUCUUAUUUUUUUUAUUAUUGUUUAAACUUCAAUGAAAUGAAUUUUGAAAAUUGGGAACAAAAUUUAAAUAUUUUGAUAACGUUACCGAAUAGGGUUUCUAAUUGUUUAAAAGGGAAUAUUACAAAUUUUUUUACUACAAAAUCUUAUACUAAUUUUUUGAUUACAAAUUUUUUAAAAAUUAUUGAAUUUAUUACAGAAGUUAUCAAUAAACAAUUGUUAUUGGCUGAUUUUAUAACUUUUGAAAAUAUUUCUUUAUUAUUACAAAAAAUAGUUAUAGAUUACAAUCAAAGGGGUGAAUCUGAAAGUAUUAAAUUAUUAAUUGAAAUAGUUGCAUUAUUAACUAAUACAUUUUCCUUAAAAACGAAAUUAUAUCAAAAAAUAAUAACCACAAUUUUUUCAAAUAUGGAAAGUACUGCUGUUAAUAUAUUAGCAAAAAUGAUUCUAAUAAAUUUAGAUUCUAAAAAAUAUUCAGUUACAAAAAUUUUUGGUAAACAAUUAAUAGAAAAUGACACUUGGAAAUUUAUUUUAUGUACAAAACUACCUUUAUUAACAAAUUUCGAUAAUAAUUACACAAAUUUAAUACUUAACACUACUAUUUAUCUAUCCAGUACUAAUCAUCAUCUUACGAUUAAAUUAUUAUUAGAUUUAUUAACAGUUUGGUCAAAUAGAUCUUCUAUAAGGCAAACUAGUAUGGAGCAACAACUUUUUAUAGCAAGGUUUAUCUUAUAUCUUCUAAAUUCCAUUAAAAACGUACAUUUAAAUAAAAAUCAAGUUUCCAAAAUUAAAGAAAAAACUUUUACUGGUAUACAAGUCCAUUUGGAAUCUAAUAUACCUGUUAUAAGAGCCUCCGGUAUGAAAAUAGGGGAAAUAAUAUUAAAUUACAUACAUAAGGAAAGUGAAUCAUCCCCUGAUACUGAAUUAAAAUUUAAUUAUGAUAAUUUAAAUGAAGAAAGUCAAUCAAUUGUUUAUAAUUUACAAAAAAUUUGGGAUAAGGAUUUACAAGAUUAUUACAAAUUAAAACACAUUGAAAAUAAUAUUCAGGAAGUUUUGAAAAAAUUAUUAGAAAAAAAUACUGAAGAAGUGGAGUAUAUUCCUCCGAAACGAGUAUUUAGAACCCUUAAAAACGAAGUUACUUUAUCAGAGUAUAAAAAUACAGAUAAAAUGAAAAUAAUAACAAGUACAGAUUUUGAUUCCGAUGACGAUUUACAACCUUACGAUGUUUCUAAUGAUACUAAAAUCACUAAUAAAAAUCCCCCUUGUUACCUGAGGGAUUUAAAACAAAUGUUACUGGAAACCGAUGAUGUGGAUGUAUUCACCAUUAGUUUGGAAACCUGUGAGAAAAUUAUAAUGUCUCAACUCCCUGAUGAUGAUGCCAGUAUGGGGUUAGAAAUUUUGGAGAUUUUGGUAUCACUAGAACCGAAAUUUUACGUUGAAAACUACGACGAUUUGGUUUUUAAUAGUAGCGUUGCUAUAACUACUGUAUACCCGAUUUGUUAUACUGAAUAUUUGUGUAGACAAAUCCAUUCGGAUGUGGGGACUUUUUCAGUGUCGAAACGUGUUUUUAUGUUGAAUAUUUUGAGGCAAGCGGCUAGGAAUCUUUCGGUUAUUAAAAAAGAAACCGAACCAAAGAGUAAUAAAACUAAAAGGGAAAUUGAUAUAGAAAGCGUAGAGGAAAUUAUAAAAAAAAGAUUGGAAAGUAAAACUAGAUAUUUUACUAAAUACAAACCAGUCAUAAAAGAACAAGUUAACAAAUUUUCCGAAGUGGCGAGGUAUUUCUUCUUCCCUCUUCUAUUCGGUUACAAUAAAAAUAAAAUGCUUUGUCAAGAUUCUCAAAAUGAUAGCGAUUACAUUUUUCUCAUACAUUUCAUCGAUACGUUAUCAAUUUUGAUGUAUUCGUCUCAAAAUUGUCCAGUAGCCCCACGAAUGGCUAAAGAAAUUUUCCAUUUUUCUUGGUUCUUGAGAUUCCAUAAGGAAACUAAAGUGCGCAUGGCUGUUUUGAGUUUAAUAACUUCCGCUGUUGUAAGCGUUAAUAAAAAUAUUCUGAUACAAGAUUUUCUUACCGAACUCUUUGAAAUAAGAUUGUGGUUAUCGGAUUUGUUGAGCCCUAAUGUUAGUAAAGGGGAACCUAAUUCUGAGUGUAGAAAUUUGGCUGCUUAUGCUAUUAUUCUCAUAGAGGGUGUUCUUAAACUUGACAUCAAUCCAGAUAACAAUUGAUAGUUUGGUUUAAACAGAUUGAUGGGCUUACAGUUCAUCAAAGCCUGUCCCAGCCGCAGUCCCUUAAACAACUCAAGUAAAUCCACUUCAAUAUUGGUUCUGCUCUUUGGUAGAGCGUUUAGACUCUAUCUGUUGCUAACCCACUUCUAUUCAUAGUUAAUUGUUGAGAUAGGCGCCUUAGAUUCCAGUACUUCAUUAGUAUUAGUACCGAGACUGAAAGUAGUAGUUCUGGUAUUCCUGCUUCCUUAAACAAUUUCAGUUUGAGUUUUGGACUUCGUAAUAGUGUUUAGGCCCUAUUUGUUACUACCUCGUUACCUUAUAUACCCUAGUGACUUGGUACCUAUAAUAGGAUAGCAAACGUCAGGCUAAUACUGAUUUUUUAGUACUUUAUUGAUAGUAUGAGUUCUGAGACUGAAACUAGUAGUUUUUUGUAUUCUUGUUCCCUUAAACAACUUCAAGACAUCAACAUCAAUUUGGAUUCUGGUCUCUAUUUGUUGCUGUUUUACUUUCUUCUAUUCUAGUACAUAAAAAACAUUCUUAUUAUUCUAGUACUUUAUUUCUGAUCCUUUUUAAGACAUACAUUUUGGGUAAGUCUUCAUGCUCCGGGUAUCUCCACCCUCUGUAGUGCUUUGCAUUAUUUUUCCAUUAGUUUGAGUUUUUUAUGUGCCUAUUUAGGGGAUGAUAUCCUGGUAGAACACCUAUAAAAAUUCUUAAUGCCGGAUUAUGUUAUGAUAAUUCAUUAUUCAGAUAUAUAUUGGUUAUAGCUCACUAAAACUUUCUUCUGAGCCUUACUAUAUUAUCCUAGUAGUCAAAUCUAUUUUUUUGUAUCAGGUUCCACAAGAGCGUUUUUUUUAUUUUUAUAUUGUCACUAAUAUUGUAUGGGGUUCCACAAAAAGGGCGAUUAGGCACUAUUCUUUGUUCAUUUUUCAUUUCCUUCUACAUCCGAAUGACCUAGUACCCGAAUUUUGUUUAAAAAUAGAGUUUUAUAUAUGAAAAAUGACAUGAAUUGGUUUUUUUUCUCAAUAUAGAAGGUCUAUUUGAUUUUUUUUGGUUCAGAUAAGGUUGUUUUCAAUAUUUUUGGAACCCACUAUUGAUUGUUUUAUCCUCGUUGUACUUUUUUUUCCAAAAAAACAGCUUAUAGUAUGAAGUUAAAUAGCGUAAUAUCCACUGGUUCACAAUUUGUAGGUUAACUGUUUAUUAAUAAACGUUUGUAUAAAAA